AUGGGAGUGAAUGCGGUUGAUGAUAAAGAUUACUCGUUGUUGAAAGAUCUUAAAUUGGACAUCAGGGGUGAACCAGAGGGGACUUUCUCUCUCUGUUUCUGGCUUUACCUUAUUAACUCCACUUCAUCUCCAUCUAUACUACUUCGCCAGGUGCACCCUAAUAUCACAGGUACUGUCCCCUUUCUUGUAUUAAAUGAAAAGAAGGCAUUGAUGCUUUUCCCGCUUCUUUUUCUACACCAAGAGGCUCCUAGUAGUGCCAAUUCUACUUUGUGGGCAGAAGUACCACACACAUCUUCCAAGAUUGAGUUCCCUUUGAAGAAAUGGCUUCAUGUUGGAUGCGAGGUCUCUAUUGAAUUUAUGCGGCUUUACAUUGAUGGGGAGAUUGUAGGGGAGAAGCCUCUAGCUUCCUUAUCUACUAUGAAUUCACUCUCUGAUGAUUUGAGGAAAGUAUCUUUGACUAGCUCCAUUGGGCAUGAUGAUGGGUUACAAGGAUAUGUCCAUUGUGUGGAAUUUUUACCUCUAACAGUAUCUAUCCAAAAUCAUUAUGUUAAGGUGCAUACUUGUAGGUUUAAAUUUUUGCAAUGUUUUGUCAUAUUGGACCCACCACUACAAUUAUUAAUUGAUAGCUCCAGUGCCUCUGAGAUAAAAGAAGACAGCGAUGGGGUGUGGAGCAUUGUUGGUGGCAAGGAGAGAUCGUGGAUUCUCAUGCAAGCACUAGACUUGGAAGAUGCAAGGGUCAUUAAAUAUGUUCAGACAUCAUUUCAGCACGUGACAUGUUCUGAGAUGGAAUCGUGCCGCAGGAAUUUUUCCUUGGAUGUCAUUCUGUUGGAUGCCUUAGGCCAGCCUGUGAACAAGGAAAUGGAGGUUGUUGCUUUACUUUUAUAUGCUGACAGUGAGGCACAUGUGGAGAAGCCAGAUGAUGCAGAAGCUCCUCUUCUUACAAAUUAUGAUGGAAUCGAAUAUGCUUCUUGUGAUAGACCCAGUAAAUUAAUCAAUGGUCGUGCCUCCUUUAAGCUGAAGAUAUCACAACUUUCAUCGAAGUGUGAUAAUAAGCUGUUUCGCCUCAAGUUUGAGAUUCCAAAGAUGGGGAAAUAUCCUUUCCUUCAGGCAUUUUCCAUUCCAAUUCGUUGUGUCUCACGAAAUCGUACUACACGGGUGUCAUCUCCAAUGUUGAAAAAAUCGUCCUCUGCGAUGCAUUUACUCGGUCGACAUCAAUCUUUAGAUAAUGGAUCCUCAGAACUUGUCCAGAAUAUUGUAUGUGAAGCAAAACAAAGUACAUCAUCAAAGCGGGUCAAAUUAGGACAAGAAAAACCACAUGCAAAGUUCAUGGCAGAUCUCACCUCAAGUCGAAUUGAUGAGGAAUGCAACUCUCAGGCUUGUACCAGUACUGAGGAUGAUAAUGCAUAUGGGGCAAGUAUGGACGGGAGAUCGGAUAAACACGAAGAAACAGACAAUUCAUCUGAUUUGGAGAGUAGUGAAGCAACAAAUUCUGUUUUCAAGAGCAUGCCAAGUAAUAGAGAUGUAGUUUCAGAUUUGGCUGUCUUCAAAUAUUGCCUAGGAGGCCUGACUGAGAAGUCUCUUCUGCUCAAGGAAAUUGCAAUAUCAGCUUCUGAACAAGAACUUGCAGACUUUGCAGAGCAGGUUUCUCUAUAUAUGGGAUGCUUGCAUCACCGGUAA